CUUCUGAAGAGUUCUUCAUACCCAACCUGCGUUGGUGUCCUUUAAUUUGGCAAGUUUUCCGGGCGUCUAUCAGGAGUACUCGUAGAGCAUCCCUCAUGUCCACGCCUACCGACAACUCCCAACUUCGGGUGGGGCUGGUCGCAAUUAACCGAUUAACGAUAACAUUUCUCGUCGAUAACAGUAUCGAAUGGUUUGCGAAACUGCCCCCUGGAUUUAAGCUUGAGCUGCCACAGCACCUCUCUGACCCAAGAACCGUCAAAGAUCCACUGACAGGGGUUCCUAUAAUUAACCUAGAAGACUUCUGUUGCGGAGCUCAUGGGUUCUCUGCUUUAAUUGAGACUCAAAGAGGCGACGACGAAGAGAGGCACCUUACGCUGUUCGACACGGGUCCAGAUUCCAAGUCUAUCGUCCGCAAUGUAAUGGCCAUGCAAGUUCCGGUGGAUCAGAUCGAGAGGGUGGUCCUUUCGCACUGGCAUAGCGACCAUUCCGGUGGCAUGUUGUCAUUCUUGCAAAUGCGAAGCCCCGGUGCCCCGAAGUGUGUUGUUGAUCUUCACCCUGAUCGGCCAACUGCACGAGGAAUUGCAAUCCCUCCAACAUACGAGACUAUCAUCGGCCGAUUGCCAGCAGAUCCGACUUUCGAACUCAUCACAAGUGCCGGGGGAGUCGUUGAGAAACAUGCCGAAGGCCAUACUGUAGCUGGCGCGACGAUAUACGUUAGUGGUGAGAUACCGAGAGUCACGACGUUUGAACAGGGUCUACUGGGAGCGGUUAGAUUCGUAGAGGAAGACAGUAAACCUGGACGUUGGACUUCGGAACCUCACAUUAUGGAUGAGCGAUAUGUUGCGGUGGACGUGAUUGGGAAGGGGGUCAUCAUCUUCAGCGCAUGCUCCCAUGCGGGUAUUGUGAAUGUCGUCAAAGAUACCGUUCAAAGAUUCUCAAGGCCAAUCUAUAUGAUUAUUGGUGGGCUGCACCUCGGUAGUGCAGAUCUCGCUUCUCGUAUCGCACCCACUGUGGAUUUUUUGGCCAAUCAAUUGCGACCCUCCCCAACGUACGUACUUCCUAUGCACUGUUCCGGGUUUCAAUGUAAGGUGGCUCUGGACUCUGCCCUGGGAGAGGGCUGUGUCCCCGCUGGAGUCGGUGUUAAAGUAGAGGUUCACGGCGAUCGGGGCCAGGAGGAUAGACUGUCUUGUCCUACCUUCACUUAGAAGAUGCUAUCCCUGCGAUUAUUUCUCUCGUGGCUUUCCGAAUAUCUAGAAUUGACAAUAUGCACUUCCCUGCCGCUGAACGAGGAGAGGCGCUUGCGUCGAAAAACCUUCGAAUACGUGACACCCUUCGAAUUUGGAAAAAAAUGCACAUGUUGGUUGGCCAGUAGUGUCAUGAUCAAUAUUUUCUCGCAGCGAAGCCCCGGAUCAUCGAUCAUCCUUG